AUGGCUUUCGGAAAGCUUUACACCUACGAGGCGAACCCCCGCUCCACGGCCAUCUUGGCCGUCGCGAAGGCCAACAACCUCGACAUUGAGGUUGUCAACGUCGACCUCGAGGCUGCCAACGAGGACUACAAGAAGGUCAACCCUCUCGCCAAGGUCCCCACCUUUGUUGGCGCCGACGGCUACACUCUCUACGAGUGCAUUGCCAUCGCCAUCUAUGUUGCUUCCCAGAACGAGAAGACCACUCUCCUCGGCAAGACCAAGCAGGACUAUGCCUCUAUCCUGAAGUGGCUCUCUUUCUUCAACUCGGAGGUCCUCCCCCACCUCGGUGCCUGGUACCGCCCUCUCCUUGGCAAGGUCCCCUACAACAAGAAGGCUGUUGAGGACGCUCAGGCGGCUGCCCUCAAGGCCAUCUCUGUUGCUGAGGCCCACCUCAAGAACAACACCUUCCUUGUUGGCGAGCGCAUCACCCUUGCCGAUCUCUUCGCCACUGGCAUCGUUGCCCGCGGCUUCGAGUUCUUCUUCGACAAGGCCUGGCGCGCCGAGUUCCCCAACGUCACCCGUUGGUACGAGACUGUCUACAACCAGCCUAUCUACUCCGCCGUUGCCGCUCCCUUCGCUCUCCUUGACACCCCCAAGUUGACCAACGUCGCCCCCAAGAAGGCUGAGGCUCCCAAGCCCGCUGCCGCCCCCGCCGCUGCCGCUGCCGCUGAGGAGGAGGCCCCCAAGCCCAAGCACCCCCUUGAGGCUCUUCCCCGCGCUUCUUUCCCCCUCGAUGAGUGGAAGCGUCAGUACUCCAACAUCGACACCCCCGAUGCCCUCAAGUGGUUCUGGGAGAACGUUCCCUUCACUGAGUACUCGAUCUGGAAGGUCGGCUACAAGUACAACGAUGAGCUCACCAUGACUUUCAUGUCCAACAACCUCAUCGGUGGCUUCAACAACCGUCUCGAGGCUUCUCGCAAGUACCUCUUCGGCUGCGCCUCCGUCUACGGCACCAACAACGACUCCGUCAUCCAGGGCGCCUUCGUCAUCCGUGGCGAUGACUGGAAGCCCGUCUUCGACGUCGCUCCCGAUUAUGAGAGCUACGAGUUCACCAAGCUCGACCCCCAGAACCCUGAGGAUCGCGCUUUUGUCGAGGCUGAGUGGUCCUGGGACAAGCCUGCCCUUGUCAACGGCAAGGAGUACCCCCACGCCUCCGGCAAGGUCUUCAAAUAA